AUGCAAAAAGCGACCUACUACGACAGCUCUGCGAUCUAUGGCGGCUAUCCCUACCAAGGAGCAAAUGGUUUCGCUUACAAUGCUAGUCAGCAGCAAUAUCCUCCGCCUCCUUCUUCCUCGCUGGUGGAAACAGAGUACCAUCGACCUGCCUGCUCGUUGCAAUCCCCCAGCGGUGGCAGUAGCGCCGUGUCCCACCACAAGGCCAAUGAAAUCAAUGAGAGUUGCAUGAGGACCAUCACCGGCCAAUCCCUCCAGCCCCCGGUCCUUCCAGAGCCACCCCAGCAGCAGCCUCCCAGCCAACAGGCCCCGCCGCCACCGCCACCCCCCUCUGUGUCACCACCUCAGAAUGCCAGCACCAAUGCCACCCCAGCCAACGCCACCAAGAGCUCCAUCAUGAACUCACCCACCAUGUCCAAACAAAUAUUCCCCUGGAUGAAAGAGUCUCGACAAAACACAAAGCAGAAGAACAGCGGUUCCAGUUCAGGUGAGAGUUGUGCUGGUGAUAAAAGCCCCCCUGGGCAAGCUUCCUCUAAGAGAGCCCGCACGGCUUAUACAAGUGCCCAGCUGGUAGAACUGGAAAAGGAAUUUCACUUCAAUAGAUACCUUUGCAGGCCAAGAAGGGUAGAGAUGGCUAAUUUGCUAAAUCUCACUGAAAGACAGAUCAAAAUAUGGUUUCAAAACCGCAGGAUGAAAUACAAAAAGGAUCAGAAGGGGAAAGGUAUGAUGACCUCUUCUGGAGGACAGUCCCCCAGCAGAAGUCCUGUCCCACCGGCCGCUGGAGGAUACCUGAACUCUAUGCAUUCAUUAGUAAACAGUGUUCCCUACGAGCCCCAGUCACCUCCAUCCUUCAGCAAGCCUCAUCAGAAUGCCUAUGGCAUCCCUACGUCAUAUCCGGCUCCUCUCAAUAGCUGCCCACCUGCUCAAAAGAGAUACACCGGAACUGCAGCAGUGACUCCUGAAUAUGACCCUCAUCCUCUUCAAGGCAAUGGUUAUGGCAAUCCACAUAUACAGGGAAGCCCCGUCUAUGUUGGGGGCAAUUAUGUGGAUACCAUGGCAAAUUCUGGGCCUUCCAUUUUUGGUCUGACUCACCUCACUCACCCUUCCUCCACCAAUAUGGACUACAGUGGACCAAUGGGCAACAAUCAUCACCAUGGACCUUGCGAGCCACACCCAACCUACACAGAUCUUACUUCUCACCAUCCUUCUCAGGGAAGAAUUCAGGAAGCUCCCAAACUUACCCAUCUGUAAUAUAUCAUCAUCAGUUACUACGUGAAUCCCUCUACCGUCUUUUUUUUUAAAAAAGAAAAGAAAACACUUUAGGCCCC